AAGCAGCAAUAAAACUGCACCACUUUAGAGAGGGCGGUUUGAGAGCGAGCUUUGGAACAACGCUUUGCAGGUCCAGCGAGCUUGAUUUGUGUUCAGGCCUGUAAGAUUAUAGUCUUAAAAUCCCCCCCCCGAGGUGGGGGCUGUGGAAGAGGAGGGGCAACGUCUCCAGAAGGAGACCUGGGAUUUUAUUCUGUAACUUGGCAAGGUUGCAGAGCUGGCUCCUUGUAAUCCCUUCCUCCUGUCUCCCCAGCGCAUAAAGAGUGUUACUUCUUCUGUCCCUCCGUAUCUGCUGUGGGAGAUUUCUGAACCCAGGUCGCUACAGCCUUGUCUAUCCUGGUUCUGAGCAGGGUGAGCCCCUUGCAAAACAAAGAAGCUUACCAGGCUCCCCGAGGGCAAGCAGGGGGUGGUGGUGAGUGGACAAGCGCCACCCGAACGGGUCUGUGUCAGCCAGUCCCCCCUCUUUCUCCACAGCUCUGCAUCUAAUGACCGAAUGACUUUUCAUAGGAGGAAUGCCAUAAAAACAUCCUUUCAAGUUCAAAGCAAGAAAUUAGGAGCCCUAGUGGUUUCUUCUGUGGGGCCAGCGUCAGCAAAUAGAGCUUCUUGCCUUCAGGGCUCAGUGGGGUGGAGCAGUUGGGAGAGCAGCCUGGGGAGGAAUUUCCUUACCCUGUAAACCAUGUAGUGAUUGGGUUUAAUCGAUGGAGGACAAGCCAAGCUUUCUGAAUCGGCAAUUGACAUCAAUGGGCUGCUGAUGCACUUUGUGGCUACGGGAGGGGAAGCGCCUCGCAGGCAUGCAUAAUCAGUGCUCAUUCAUCUAUUGCUUCCUUAAAUCUUCUUUUUUUUUCUUUGCUUGCCAAAGAAGGAACUAGAGGCAGUCUGACAGAAGAGAGGGUUCCCUUUCUGGCGACCUUCCCUUUGCAGAACCUCGCGUUUGGUCUCACUCUGGGCAGCGUAAAGUAACUUCUGCUUUCUCUUUCAGUUGCAGGAAAGACCCAGGUGCACGGCGGGUGGCUGGCCCAGGAAGCGAUGGGCGCUCACACCGGCGGGUCUUGUCUAUAGGAUGGUAGCACAUAGCAGCUUGACACCUGAGAAUGGGAUCGCAACAGAGCUGAGAUUUCGACGGGAGCCCCCCUCCGCCGCCGCCGCCCGGGCCCCUCGGCAGGCCCAGCCCUCCCACCGCCAUGGCCCUCCCGGCUGUGGCCAAGCUCCCCGGGACACCCACUUCCACACCUUCCGCUCUCAAGAGGACUUCAACGCCAUCAUCCGCGCCAGCGCCUUGCUGGAGGAGUGCGGUUUUUAUUGGGGACCCCUGUCGGUCAACAUGGCCCACGAGAAGCUCAAAGGGGAGCCCGUGGGGACCUUCCUUUUGCGGGACAGCCGGCAGAAGAACUGCUUCUUCACCGUCAGCGUUAAGACGGCCACGGGCCCCACCAGCAUCCGGAUCAUUUUCCAGGCGGGCCGUUUUCACCUGGACGGCAGCCACGAGACCUUUGAUUGCCUUUUCAAACUGCUGGAACAUUAUGCCGGCACCCCCCAGAAAGUGCUGGUCAGCCCGCUGCCCAAGAGACGCUUGCGUUCCUUGCAGGAGCUCUGCCGCAGAACGAUUGUGGCGACGGCUGGGAGGGAAAACUUAAGCCACAUCCCGCUCAACCCGGUUUUAAAGGAUUAUCUGGAGUCGUUUCCUUUCAAGUUCUGAGGGUUUUGGAUUAAAUCCCCCCCCCCGGCGCCACUGGAGCAACGGGAGAGGUUGGGGCAGCCGGCAGAGUCUGAAAAUGGGCAGGAAACCUACUGACCAAGUGGGGGGAAGCCGGUGGUGCAUGGCCAGGGCUGGCUGGAAGGGGGCACUGCUGCUGCCGCCACCGUGGUACUGGAAACGGUGGCAUGGCCCCACGUGUUCCGUGGCACUCUUGUGCCGGGCGCGCGAGACUGUUCGGAGAAGCUGGACGCACGAAGCGAUUUGGUAUCGGGAUGUUCAGAAGGGCGAGCGGACCACCGACGCAUCUAUUUUUGUAGCAGUUCUACUGUAUUUGAACACUUGAUUUCUGAUGUUUACAAGAAUGAGAAAAGUAACUUGUUUGUACAAGUUGGAGCCUUUCUGGGAGGCCUUUGUGGUCAUUUUUCUGCUGAGCAGAAAUGUUUUUCUUAUAUGAGAUCUAUUUUUUAAAAAUAUGAUCUGUUAAUAAACCUUAAAAAAGGUUUUUUACAAAAAUGAAGCAACCUAA